AUGGAUCCUGUCAAAGCAGCUCUGGUACGUGGUAUUGCAAAUUUUGUGGUCAAACUCCCUACCCGAGAAGUUGCUGACAUGGAUUCCAUUGGAAAAACUGAAUUCCCUCAACAGAAUGUCGUCUUGCGCUGGGAAAACAAGAAUGAAGAAGUAUCAGAUAUCCGCCCUGACGCUGCCAUCUCUACUAUCGUCCAAUCAAAGUAUGGUCGCCCUUUGGACUUUGGCGAGGUGAAACCAGACACCCUUCGCCUAGCAAUAUUAUCGAAAGACACUAAUGAUCGUUACAGUCAGGAUGUCUGCUUUGCCUUUCAAGUCAACGGCUACCGGAUAUCGUUUUUCAUGGUAUACAUGCAACACCAAGAUUUGUAUAUCAUGGUGGAAGUAGCGUCAUUUAACUUCCCUAGCUCCCUGGAUGACCUUGAUAAAUUGACAACUAAGAAGAAUUUAUGCACAUUGGCGCGAGUCAGUUCCUCGUUUUGGAACAACAGUAUUAACCUGCUCAAAUCGCCUAUAUCCUCGUCACCUCGUUUGCCCAUAUCUACUCUGUAUCAAUUAAUUGAAAAGUCCCACAAGAAGAGUAUCAGAACAACAUCCUGUUAUUAG